AUGACGGCAAAAGCAACAACAGCGAUCCGCAUGGCGAGCUUGAAGGCCUGGCAACUCGGCUACUGGGCUUUCUUGACUGGGACGGCAUCCGCAGGGACCAAAGCUGAGUUGGCGGCCGUUCUCACGAGUCGGAUGAAUGAAUAUUCCCGGAAGGAGAAGUCUGCAAACCGGAUGAGGAUCGUAAGCGUGGACAUGGGGAUUCGAAAUCUGGCUUUUUGUGCGUUGGAGUCUCGUCCAUCAAUCCCAUCAGCCUCCGGAAAAGGUGAGAGGGUGAGCCCGAUGACAGUCACGACUUGGAAGAGGAUGGACCUGCUGGAUAUCAAUGACAACGGCCCGGCACCGUCGAACAUCGAACAGGAAGAGCCCACCAAAUCUAAAAAGUUCAAAAAGUCCAAAAAGUCCACCAUCGCCAAAGACGCCUUCACACCCUCCUCCCUCUCUCGUACAGCCUACAUUGUAACACGAGAACUCCUCUCCCUCCAACCCACCACCCUCCUCAUCGAACGGCAACGUUUCCGCUCGGGAGGCGCGGCCGCGAUUCAAGAGUGGACGGUGAGGGUGAAUAUGCUAGAGAGUAUGCUCUGGGCUUGUCUGGAAACCUUACGAGCUCAGGGCCUGGCGGGCGAGUUUCCGGAAGUCCACGCCGUCAAUCCCGCGCGGGUUGCGAAGUUCUGGGAUGAGGGAAGUAGGGGUUACGCUCUUCGGCCACCGGUGGAUCUCUUCUCUCCUACGGCUAUCAAUCCCGGAGCUGGUGUUGUGGAGAAGGAAGCGAAGAGUCGAAGGGGUGGGGUUGAUAAGAAAGCUAAGGUCGCACUCGUGAAGGCUUGGGUGAGAGGCGAGUCGGAAGAUGUACAGCUGCGAUUUGAAGGACAAGCGGAAGAGAUCGCGGAGGCGUUUCGGGUGGAGAAGGGAGGGAAGGGAGUUGCGGGUGGGAAGUUGGAUGAUUUGGCGGAUUGUUUGUUGCAGGGUGUGGCGUGGGGGAGGUGGGAGGAGAAUUGGGAGGUUCUGGGGAGGUUGUGGAGGGAGGAGAUUAGGGAUGGGAAUACUAAGAAAGGAGGGUGA